CUUCCGGACGCCGCCGAGGUCGCACGCGUGAGACCUCUCUGCCGCCGAGAAGAUGCGCUACGUCGCUUCCUACCUGCUGGCCGCUCUCGGGGGCAACGCCUCCCCCAGCGCCAAGGACAUCAAGAAAAUCCUGGACAGCGUAGGCAUGGAGGUGGACGAUGACCGGCUCAACAAGGUCAUCAGCGAGCUAAAUGGAAAAAACAUUGAAGAUGUUAUUGCUCAAGGUAUUGGUAAGCUUGCCAGGGUACCUGCUGGUGGGGCUGUGGCUGUCUCUGCUGCCCCCGGGGCUGCAGUUCCUGCUGCUGGUUCGGCCCCUGCUGCAGCAGAGGAAAAGAAAGAUGAGAAGAAAGAGGAGUGUGAAGAAUCAGAUGAUGAUAUGGGAUUUGGCCUAUUUGAUUAAAUUCCCAUUCCCCUGCAAAUAAAGCUUCCUUUUUAUGUAAAAAAAAAAAAAA